GGAUUCCUCCUUUCCUUUGAUAACAACAAGCCCCCCAACAAGGAUUAAAGGCCACCCAUCUCUCCAGGGAACAGAGACAAAGGGAACCCAGCAGCUCUGAGAGAUCUCCUACGGACAGGCCUGCGUUUACAGACAGCAAGAUGUUCUUCAACCUGCUCAUCUUCGCUCUGAUACAGGAGAUUCACCCCAUACAGGCAGUCGUGCUGGACCCGUGCUCUGCCUAUAUCAGCCUGAACGAGCCGUGGCGCAACACGGAGCACCACAUCAACAACUCUGCGGGCAGCCCCAUGUGCGACAGCCACGUGAACGGGGAGUGGUACCGCUUCACCGGCAUGGCGGGUGACGCCAUGCCCACAUUCUGCAUCUCGGAGAACCACUGUGGCACCCACGCGCCCGUGUGGAUGAACGGCAGCCACCCUAGCGAGGCCGACGGCAUCGUUCAGGUGCAAGCCUGCGCCAGCUUCAACGACAACUGCUGCCUGUGGAACACCACAGUUGACGUCAAAGCUUGCCCCGGGGGUUACUAUGUGUACCGGCUACCGAAACCCAGGAUCUGCUUUCACGUCUACUGCGGCCAUUUCUAUGACAUCUGUGACGAGUCUGACUGCAGGGGCUCGUGUUUGGAUACGGGGGACUGUCAGUGCACCUCUGGGACCACGCUGGGGCCAGACAGCCAGACCUGUCUAGAUGUGAAUGAGUGCGAGCAGGACAAUGGUGGCUGUGCAGAGAUCUGUGUCAAUCUGAAGGGGUCCUUUCGCUGCCAGUGUGGGAUGGGGCGCAUCCUGGGUCCUGAUGGGAAGACAUGCGACGAAAUCGAAGGAUGCCACAACAACAACGGGGGCUGCAGCCACACCUGCUCCAUGGAGGAGGGCAGCUACGAGUGCCAGUGCCCCCGCGGGCUCACCCUGUCAGCAGACAGGCACACCUGUCAAGUGCCGGUCAACUGCAGGUCUAGUGGCAUCGAGGUGGUGGUACCCAAGGACCUGAUAGGGGGUCUGGAACUCUUCCUGACCAACACUUCCUGUCGCGGCAUCUCCAACGGCACUCACGUCAACAUCAACUUCAGCCUGAAAACCUGUGGCACUGUGGUGGAGGUUGUGAACGAUAAGAUAAUCGCCAGUAACCUGGUGACGGGGCUGCCCAAGCAGACUCCGGGCAGUAACGGUGACAUCAUCGUGCGCACCAGCAAGCUGCUGAUCCCAGUGACCUGCGAGUUCCCGCGCCAGUACAUGGUGUCAGACGCCUACGUGCCCAACUUGAAGAACGCCCCCCUGGAGAUCUCGGGCCGCAGCCAGGGCGUCUUCCCCUUUAGCCUGGAGCUGUUUAAGAGCCCCAACUUCGCCGAGCCCUACCGCGGCUCCCCACCCACCUUGAAGCUGCGCGACUCCCUGUACUUCGGCAUCGAACCGCUGGUACACCUGGACAGCCUGCAGACGCUGGUGGAGAGCUGCUUCGCUACGCCCAGCGCCAAGGUGGAUGAAGUCAUGAAGUACUACCUCAUCAAGGACGGUUGUAUCUCUGAUGAGACGGUGAAGCAGUACACCUCUAAGGACCAGCUCGCCAAGCACUACCAAGUGCCCGUCUUCAAGUUUGUGGGCAAAGACAACAGGGAGGUGUUUCUGCACUGUCACGUCCUGGUGUGCGGCUCGCUAGACGAUCGCUCUCGCUGCUCACAAGGCUGCAAGAGACGUAUGCGACGCUCCGUGUGGGAUAAAGAGGACACAGGACACAUCAAUCACCGCCUCCUCACCGGCGGGCCAAUCAUCAUCGACCGUGAGGAGUAACCUCACCACGCUGCAACCAAUCACAGCCCGGUCUGAGAGCAUCAGUAACCUCCUCCAUAAUUGCAUGCAUUACAUCAGUGCCAUCUGAUGGUCAUUUAACAUAUUGCAGUUGAUUGUGACCAGCUGUUUCCAGAAGCUUUCUAUGCCACUGUAAUUUAUUCCUUUAUACAUUUAUUUUAAUUUUUGUAAAUAACAUCAGGAAAGGUCUCUUUGUUUUACAUUUCGUCUUUCAUAUCUUGCAACUAUUGUUUUUUUUUGAUAGAGAGAGAGUAGGAAUCCAUAUCGUAUGUUAUUCUGUGGUAUAUAUGCUGAAUAUCUUUUUCUUGCAUUAUUAUGUAUGUUUUAUGGAAUGAAUUGCAGUAUUAAAAUGUUUUCUCACUUA